CCAACGAAGACCAGUCGCCGUACUAUCAUACUCAGUCUGCGUGUGCUUGUUCACAGGUCGAUUGGCUGAUCAACGACUUUCCGAUUUCGGCAUCCGCUCUCAUCAAAAAGUCUGUAUAACGGGAGGGUAAAUUCUGUAUGACUCACCAAUUCUGAGAGCUACGUGCUAUAAAAUAUACGCUUGUGCUGACCAGGCAAAAUCAAAUUGUCUGAAGUUCACCAUCUCAACAGUCGAAUUGAACAAAAGUGUUCGUCAGCCAUGCCUUCUGUGCAUCUGUUGGACUAUGUUGCGGGGAAUGUCAGGUCCUUGGUGAACGCAAUCAACAAAGUCGGCUACGACGUUGAAUGGAUUAAGUUCCCAGAAGAAGUUCGCAAUGCAGAAAUUUUGAUCUUACCUGGAGUGGGACAUUUUGGACAUUGUCUUUCCCAACUUUCGUCAGGUGGCUUUUUAGAACCCAUUAAAGAGCACAUUGACUCUGGAAAGCGUUUUAUGGGUAUCUGUGUUGGUCUCCAAGCAUUGUUUGAAGGCUCAGAAGAAGAUCCUCAGAUCCCCGGCCUGGGCGUAAUCCCCUCGCGCCUACGCAAAUUUGACGACACAAGCAAGAGUGUACCACAUAUUGGAUGGAACUCCGCGAAAACCAGCAACAGUGAGGGCUCAGAAGCCUCCAACAUUUACGGACUGCGUGAAGAGAGCAAAUACUAUUACGUUCAUUCUUAUGCUGCGCCAUAUGAACCCGGUGUUCUAGAGAAGCAGGGCUGGUCAGUAGCCACCGCUCACUAUGGAGAGGAAAAAUUUAUCGGCGCCAUAGCACGUGGCAAUGUCUUUGCGACACAGUUCCACCCGGAAAAGAGUGGACAAGCUGGAUUGCGCACUAUCCGUGCAUUUUUGGAUGGGGAGCUUUCACAGAAACAGGAGCCAUCUUUACCUUCUAGUGCACGGAGAGAUGGAUUGACUCGGAGGGUUAUAGCUUGUCUCGAUGUACGCACAAAUGACCAAGGCGACCUGGUCGUCACGAAGGGAGACCAAUACGACGUCCGGGAAAAGAGCGGUGUUUCUUCUGGUGGCCAAGUGAGGAAUUUGGGAAAACCAGUUGAUAUGGCCAGGAAGUACUACGAGCAAGGAGCAGACGAGGUCACAUUUCUUAACAUAACAUCCUUUCGCAACUGCCCUCUUCAAGACUUGCCGAUGCUGGAGAUUUUACGGCGUACAUCGGAGACUGUGUUUGUGCCUCUGACAAUUGGAGGAGGCAUCCGAGAGAUGACAGACACUGAUGGAACUCAAAUAUCGGCCUUGGACGUUGCAAAGAUGUAUUUCCAGUCCGGUGCUGAUAAAGUAAGUAUAGGAUCUGAUGCCGUAAUUGCCGCGGAAGAAUAUUAUCAGAACGGGAAGAAAUUAUCAGGAAAGACUGCAAUAGAGCAGAUUUCUAAGGCAUACGGAAAUCAGGCAGUUGUUGUUAGCGUCGACCCCAAACGUGUCUACGUAAGUGGGCCGGGAGCAACAAAUCAUCACACAAUCAAAACGAGGUUCCCAGAUGCCAAUGGACAGGACACGUGUUGGUAUCAGUGCACGAUCAAAGGAGGCAGAGAGAUGCGCGACCUCGAUGUUCGACAACUCGUGCAAGCAGUUGAAGCCAUGGGCGCUGGCGAGAUCCUUUUGAACUGCAUCGACAAGGACGGAAGCAAUAGUGGUUUUGACCUGGAAUUAAUUCAAGACGUUAAGGAUGCUAUCAAGAUCCCAGUUAUUGCUUCUAGCGGAGCCGGAAAGCCAGCCCAUUUUGAGGAAGUUUUUGCAAAUACCACAACAGAUGCGGCACUAGGAGCUGGAAUGUUUCAUCGGGGAGAGUUCACCGUAGAUGAUGUUAAGAAUCAUCUAGUGGAAAAAGGAUUUUUGGUCCGAAGACCUGAAAAAGAAUAAUUGAAGCAGAUAUGACAAUUGAAAAUAUGAUUAGAUUAAAUGGAAUACAUACCUCUAC